AUGGAGAAGACUACAAAAAGGGAAGACAUCAAUGUUAGGGAAGAUUACCCGACUCCCGCGAUCGAGGUCUCCUCACAGCAACUACAGCCUUCUAAAUCUCUUACAACCAAACCAACAGAGCCCGCUUGGCGCAUAAUCAUCUCCUUGGUCCUCCUCUUCCUCAACUAUUUCCUUGCCCAAUACGAUAAAUUUGUCCUUUCCUACUUUCAAGAUGAGGUCAUCACCUCCCUCAAACUAUCAGAAGCCUCCUAUGGUAUCUUGUCAGGUUAUGCGACCGGCAUCGUCUACGCACUGCUCGCAUUGCCAGCGGCGUAUAUCGCUGACUAUACGACAGCCAGGGUUUGGGUUCUAACAGUGUCUGCAAUCUGGUGGAGCCUGUGUGCAAUCUUUCAAGGGUUGAGUCACAACUUCUGGCAGAUACUGCUUGCCAGGAUUGGUAUGGGCAUCGGUCAAGCACCCGUGGAAUGCUUGAGUGUGAGCCUGAUCAGCGAUCUGAUGGGGAAAGAGUAUGUGUUCGUUGGAGAAAGCAUACUAUAUGUAGGCGUCUACAUUGGGGAAGCGGUAUCCGGGCAAAUCGCUGUCGCGUUUGCUAGGACCAACACGCCUUGGAAUACCGCUCUCAUCGCCAUCGGCAUUGUCGGUAUCGUGGUCGCUGUUUUCAUUCGGCUAUUAAUUCGCGAACCCCUUCGACAAACCUCAUUAGUUAACGAUUCCUUUCCCGAUAUACCGGGCGAUCAUACAAUUUCCCAAACCGCUACGAGGAGCGCUAAGCUUUCUAUGGCCAGCAAAGACCUGACAGCGACCCUGGACUACAUUCUCCAUAUGCGAUCUUUUUGGCUUCUAGUUCUCGCAGCUUCCUUUCGCCAGCUCGCAGGCAAUGUUUUCGGCUACUAUAUGCCGACUUAUCUCUCAACUCUCUAUCCCUCGAAGUCCAACCUACUCUCGGACUACGGCAUUAUAGUCGGCGUGGUUGGCUCUGUAGCAGUGUUGCUAGGAGGUCUACUCACGUCUGCGUACUGGCACAAGACGAAAAUACUGCCCCUCUACCUCGUAGGUGUUGGGGGCAUGAUCUCUUCGAUCUUCGUCCUCUUGAUGCUCUUCUCGCUGGAAGCCUCGGGAGGCAACCAAGACAGCGGCGUGAGGGUCCUUUAUGGUACCAUGAGCGCAGCAUACAUCACAGCGGAACUCUGGCUUGGGGCCAUCAACAGUAUCAUUGUUCUUCUCUUCCCGCCACGCUAUAAAACCUUCGCACUCUCCAUCUGGGAUGCUAUACAGGUCAUCAUAUACUCAACUGGUCCGGAGAUCAUAGGUCUUGCCCUGAGGAAUGUUGAUCCGAGCAGCCAAGCCUAUCUUGAUGGCACGAAGAUCGCGCUGGCAGUGAUGAUACCGGUAGGCUAUUGGCUUGCUGGGGUGGGCUUUUUGUUGGCUAUUCCGUUAGUGAGGAGAGAUCUGGACGGUGAUUUUGUGGUAGGGAGACUCGAUGUAAAAAGGAAGAUUGGUUUUGGUAUCUUUGCGGCUGUGAAUGCCGUUAUGGUGGUCGUGCUAUUUACAGUCAGCAUCGUGUACAAGGAUUAA